AUUUCCAGGCUUCCUUAGUUGACCACCAAAUUUUGAAGAAGAAAUUUUCGAAGUCUCUGACAUCUUGUUCGGUUGGUUUCUUUGCACGGAUAGGAUAGGAGAGCCAAGAAAUCUGUAAAUUAUUAUAAAGCUUGAGAGCUGAGAUCCUGGAUCCAGGUUCCUUUGGCUAGUCUUGGCUCGUGGCUUCUCUACUAAGUCCUUUGAAUUUUAUUAAGAUUUUGAUAUCUUUGAUCAUCUAACUUCCUCCAUGGAAGUAGCAGCUUCAAUCAUAAGUUCCAUUCUGGCACCGGCCUGCGGCUCUCUUUGUAGCUCAACCUACCCCACCAUCUUCAACACCGCAAAAAUCCAAUCAAAUAUCGAUGCUUUAGAAAAGGAGAUGAAGAAUCUAGUCGAUCUUAGAGAAGACAUCAAGGGUCAACUUGCAUUAGCUGAGAAAGAAGAAAAGUUGCUAAAACUUCAAGUGCAAAAUUGGUUAAAAGAAGUUGAAGAUUUUACACUUGAAGUUGAAAUGAUGAAAGAAGUUAUGGAAGCCAACAAGAAGAGACUCGGUGGAUGUUUGUGCAGUUGCAGUCUGCGCAUUAGAUUUGGUGAGGAAGUGGCAAGGUCGCUCAAGAAGGUGAAAAGGCUUAUUGUCGAUGGAAGUUUCCCCAAUGGUCUAUUGACCGACAAUUAUGCUGCAAAGCGUGUAGAGCCUGUCCCUGGACCUUCAAUCCGAGAUCAAACAACAGCAUCAAAAAAUUUGGCCAAACUUAUGAAACUUCUGGAUGAUGAUGGUGUCCGGAGAAUUGGCAUCUGGGGUAUGGGUGGAGUUGGAAAGACAACUCUUGUUAAGAACCUGAAUAAUUGUCUCCUGAAAGAUGACUCAAGGCAGCCUUCUCGCAUGGUGAUGUGGACUACAGUCUCCAAGGUUUUGGAUCUAAAACGAGUUCAAGCGCAAAUAGCUGAGAGAUUGAAUUUGGUGGUGAAAAUGGAAGAAAGCGAGCAGCAACUAAGCAUUCGUCUAUAUAAAAGACUUCUGAAGGAGAACAACUUUCUUCUCAUCUUGGAUGAUGUUUGGGAGACGAUUGAUUUGGACUGUUUGGGUAUUCCGCGGCCUGAAGAGCAUGCAGGUUCAAAGAUCAUACUGACAUCUAGAAACUUAGAUGUUUGUCGGGCCAUGAAGACUGAUGUUGAAGUUAGAGUGGAUGUUCUUGGUGACGAAGAGUCCUGGAAAUUGUUUAGUCAAAAUGCCGGUGAAGUAGCCAGUUCAGAUUACAUCAAACCAUUCGCUGAGGCAAUUUCUAAAGAAUGUAAGGGGUUGCCUUUGGCUAUCAUAACCAUGGGAACAGCCAUGAGAGGAAAGACAAUGGUCAAGCUGUGGAAGCAUGCUCUGAAUGAGUUGCGAAGAUCAGUGCCAUGUAUCAAAGGCAUUGAAGAUAACGUCUACAAGCCUGUAAAAUGGAGUUAUGAUUCCUUGGAAGAUAAGAAAAUCAAAUCCUGUUUCCUAUACUGCUCUUUGUUUCCUGAGGAUUUUUCAAUUGAAGUAGACGAACUAGUGUGGUGCUGGUUGGCUGAAGGGUUACUAGAAGAGCAAGAAAAUUAUGAGGAUUCAAUCAACAGGGGAAUAGCUUUGAUAGAAAGCCUGAAGGACAAUUGCUUGUUGGAAAAUGGUCACCAUAAAGGCACUGUGAAAAUGCAUGAUGUUGUUCGAGAUGUUGCUAUAUGGAUUGCAUACUCAUUGGAGACUACAUGUAAAUCCCUUGUUCGUUCAGGGGCUGGCCUGAGCGAGAUUUCAGAGAUCGAGUUCCUGAAUUCUCUUAGAAGAGUUUCUUUCAUGAAUAACAAAAUAACAAGGUUGCCUGACUGUGAGAUUCAAUGUUCAGAGACCUUAAGUUUACUACUUCAAGGAAAUCUUCCCCUUGAUAGAGUGCCUCAAAGAUUCCUUCAAGGAUUUCCAUCACUCAGAGUCUUAAAUUUGAGUGGAACCCGUAUCCAGUCACUGCCUCUUUCCCUUCUUCAACUACAUGAUCUUCGUUCUCUAAUUUUAAGGGGCUGCUACUAUCUUGAAAACUUACCCCCACUUGGAGGCCUGAGUAAACUUCAAGUACUUGAUGUAUGUGCCACUAGUAUCAGAGAAUUGCCCAGAGGGAUAGAAGAAUUGAGUAACAUAAGGCAGUUAAAUCUCUCCCGGACUCAUUAUCUCAAAACAAUCCAAGAAGGAAUCAUAUCCAGCUUGACUUCUUUGGAAAUUCUAGACAUGACACUCAGUAAUUAUCAUUGGGGACUGAAAGGAGAGGUAGAAGAGGGAGAAACAAGUUUUGAGGAGCUGGGAUGUCUAGAACGUUUACUCAUCUUAUCCAUUCGAUUGAAAGGCCUUCCACCGCCAGGCUCUGAAGGUCUUACCUGGAUAAAUAGAUUAAAAAGAUUCCAGUUUUUUAUAGGUCCAACAGCAAACUCCUUGCCAACUAAACAUGACAAAAGGAGGGUGACAAUCGGUAGCCUUGAUCUUUCAGGCGAAUGGGUUGGUUGGUUUCUGACUAAUGCAAGUUCGUUUAUCCUGAAUCAUUGUUGGGGACUAAAUGAAAUGCUUGAAACCUUAGUCAUAUACAGCGUUGAUCAGUUUACCGGUUUGAAGUCUCUAACCAUUGCAAGUUCCAACAGCAGCUUAAGGCCAGAAGGAGGAUGUGCCGCCCAUUAUGAUCUGCUACCAAAUUUAGAAGAACUUCAUCUCCAUGACCUCACUUAUUUGGAGAGCAUUUCAGGACUAGUUGGUCAUCUCGGACUCAGAUUUUUAAGACUUAAAUCAAUGGUUGUGACACACUGUCCUCGUUUGAAAUAUCUUCUUGCUUGUGGUGGCUUCAUUCUAGACCUUCCAAAUCUUGAACUGAUAAGGGUAAACUUCUGCAACAAUUUGGUUGAGCUAUUUCAUUAUUAUUCAGAGCAAAGGUUCCCUCCAGAACCUGUUGUUCCAAAGCUGCAGACAUUGGAACUGAAGUAUCUUCCCAAGCUAAGGAAUCUUUGCAGACACAACGAACCGUGGCAGAGUCUAGAGCACAUUGAAGUGAUCAAGUGCAAUCUGCUCAGGAAGUUGCCUCUCGUUGAUCAAAAUGCAAAUGGUAUCAGAGAAAUAAAAGGAGAGUUGCAGUGGUGGAGCCAAUUGGAUUUUGACCAGGAUACCAGAUCAAGUCUACAGCCCAUCUUCAGACAGGCAGAUAUGGAGCUAAAACCAAUGGAGAUGCAGAAAAUAGAUGGAACAGUUUUGUAUCAUUGAUUACAAACAUAAAAAAGAAAAAAAAAAUUCCAUGUCAUGUUCAGUGUUCUCACUCAAGUUUGAGCAAGUAGAUUGUCGCUCCACCGUCCUACAUGUCUCCUAAAUUCAUCCAUGCAUAGAAGUAGCAUUUGUGAGCGUGAACACCUCAUCAGCGAUGAAUUUUCGGAUGGUUUAGGCUUCAGAUUCUUGCUGCCAUGCUUUCCAUCUCCUCAGCUGCUUUCUUUUGCCAUUUCAUAGUUUGAGUUACUGUUUUUUUCAUCUUAUAAUUUAUUUUUUGCUGCUGUAAUGUCUCCAUAAUCCUUUUACACUGUUAAAUUUUUAACAUUAACCGGCAUUCCUGGUGCUUAGAGGUUAACUUCGGCA